AGAGGAAUGCGAGGAGCAGAGCAGAAACAGAAACUCCGCCGAUCGUCACGCCGCAUAAUACAUACAUAAUACUGAAACGUUUUGUUUGAAAGAGCACAGCUUCAGCUUCAUUAUUAUUUGGCUUGCAUUGCAUUAGAGCAGCAGCAGAAAGAGGAUUGAGUGAUCAAAACAUGGACAAACCUUCUGCCAAAAAUGAGGACUAUGAUGACCUCUUCCGCGCCUGUGCUGAAGGAAAGCUGGAAAAGGUGAAGCAGCUGAUGACGUCCCGUACCUUCGACAUCGAGAAAAGGAACAAAAAGGAUGAAACCCUCCUAGUAGUGGCCACGAUGGGGGAUCACGUGGACGUGAUACAGUUUCUGCUUGAGAUGGGCGCCGACAUUGAAGGAAAAUGCACCAGUUACCAGCAGACGCCGCUGCUGGCCGCUGCCUUUUUCUCCAAACUGAAGACCUUUCAGUUCCUCGAGUCGCGCGGCGCCAACAUCGAUGCCGUGGACAACAUGAAUGGCGACGCCUUCAUGAGGGCGGCCGACUCGAGCAACCUGGAGCUGAUGAAGUACCUUGUUAACAUUGGAAAGUAUAACUUGGAGCGGAGGAACAGCAACGGCAUGACUCCGUGGAUCAAAGCGGCCAGAAAUACGAGCAUCGAGGUGAAAAAACACCUGGUAGAGCUGGGCGCCAACAUCCACGCCACGGACAGGUACAAUUUGGGUGCAAUGACGUUCGCCGCGAAGCAUUCGGACGUUGCAAAUUGCAAAUAUUUGCUUGAAAUCGGCGUCAGCCACAAGGUCCUAACUUAUCGGAAGGAGACCACAUUGCACCAUGCCUGUUUCUGCAAAAACUUGGACACGGCGAGAUUCUUACUCGAAAAUGGGCUCGUGGACGUGAAUGCUAAAACAAAGCAUAGGAUGACAGCCUUGGAUAUUGUGAGGAGGAAAAAUUACACUCACUUGGAGGAGCUGCUUCUGAGGUUUGGCGCGAAGUAAAAUAUCUUAAGGUUGGCUGCAAAUGUGUCUAUUGAAUGUUUCUCUUCAAGAAUAUGACACUGUGUCGUUAAUUUUACUUCAGCUACAAGAAAUAAAUUUGUGUUUAUGAUA